AUGAAAUCGCAGAUGCUCCUUCGAUCAAUCAUUCAGUUUUAUUCAAAGCCGUCAUGGAUGCAGCGUUCCUACUCUUCCGGUAACACGGAAUUCAAUAUCUCCGGCGAGGUUAUCAGUAUCCUAGCUAAGAGGAAACCUAUAGAGCCUGCUUUGGAGCCGCUUGUUCCAUUUCUCUCGAAGAAAAUCAUCACAUCGGUAAUCAAGGAUCAUGUCAAUCGACUAUUAGUAUUCCGUUUCUUCAUAUGGGCAUCGAGAAGAGAGCGUCUCAGGAGCAGAGAGUCUUUCGGUUUGGUCAUCGACAUGUUAUCUGAAGAGAAUGGGUGCGAUCUAUACUGGCAGACAUUGGAGGAGCUUAAAUCUGGUGGUGUCUCUGUCGAUUCUUAUUGUUUCCGCGUUCUGAUCUCGGCUUAUGCUAAGAUGGGUAGGGCGGAAAAAGCAGUGGAAUCGUUUGGAAAGAUGAAAGAGUUCGAUUGCAGACCUGAUGUGUUCACAUACAACUUGAUAUUACGGCUCAUGAUGCGUGAAGAAGUCUUUUUUAUGUUGGCUUUUGCUGUGUACAAUGAGAUGUUGAAGUGUAAUUGUGCCCCAAAUCGAUUCACGUUUGAUAUUUUGAUGGAUGGAUUGUAUAAGAAAGGGAGAAUGAGUGAUGCACAGAAGAUGUUCGACGAUAUGACAGGUAGAGGGAUUUCUCCUAAUAGAGUUACCUAUACGAUUCUCAUUUCAGGUUUGUGUCAGAGGGGAAGCGUUGAAGAUGCGCGAAAGCUAUUCGACGAGAUGAAAGCGACCGGUCACUCUCCUGAUUCCGUCGCGCACAAUGCUUUGCUUGAUGGGUUUUGUAAAUUAGGUAGAAUGGUUGAGGCAUUUGAGCUGUUGCGGCUGUUUGAGAAGGAUGGUUUUGUGCUUGGUCUCCGAGGUUAUAGCAGUUUAAUUGAUGGAUUGUUUAAAACUAGGAGAUACAGCGAGGCAUUUGAGUUGUAUGCAAUUAUGCUGAAGAAGAAUAUUAAGCCUGACGUCGUUUUGUACACAAUAUUGAUUCAAGGGUUGUCUAAAGCCGGGGAGAUUGAUGAUGUAUUGAAGCUGUUAAGCAGUAUGUCGAGUAAGGGCAUUCACCCAGAUACCUACUGCUACAAUGCUAUUAUAAAGGCUUUAUGUGAUCAGGGACUUUUGCAAGAGGCUCGGUCCCUCCAACUCGAGAUGUCAGAAUCAGAAUCUUUCCCUGAUGCCUACACACACACAAUUAUCAUUUGUAGUAUGUGUAGGAAUGGGUUGGUUAGGAAAGCUGAAGAAAUUUUCAAGGAGCUUGAGAAGAAAGGUUGUUCUCCGUCGGUUGCUACGUUUAAUGCUUUAAUAGAUGGACUGUGCAAGUCCGGUGAGCUCAAGGAAGCCAGGUUAAUGUUGCAUAAAAUGGAGGUUGGGAGACCCGCUUCCUUGUUUCUAAGGCUUUCGCACAGUGGAAAUCGAAAUUUUGACACCAUGGUUGAAUCCGGUUCGAUUCUCAAGGCAUACAAGGAUCUUGCACAUCUUGCUGAUACCGGGAAUUCGCCAGACAUUGUAACUUAUAAUGUUCUGAUAAACGGGUUCUGCAAAGCGGGAAACAUUGACGGUGCUCUCAAGCUUCUCAAUGUGCUUCAACUAAAGGGUUUAUCCCCUGACAGUGUCACUUACAACACUCUCAUCAACGGACUUCAUAGAGUUGGCAGAGGAGAAGAAGCUUUUAAACUAUUUUACGCGAAAGAUGACUUUAGACACAGUCCCGCGGUUUACAGAUCGCUCAUGACAUGGUCAUGUCGGAAAAGAAAGAUCGUAGUGGCUUUUAGUCUAUGGAUGAAAUACCUGAAGAAGAUAUCUUGUCUGGACGAUGAAGCAGCUAAUGAGAUUGAACAAUGUUUCAAGGAAGGAGAAACUGAGAGAGCUUUAAGACGGCUAAUCGAGUUGGAUACCAGAAGAGACGAGUUCAGUUUAGGACCUUACACGAUAUGGCUGAUCGGGUUAUGCCAAUCCGGUAGAUUUCAAGAGGCCUUGAUGGUGUUUUCGGUUUUAAGAGAGAAGAAGAUCCUCAUCACACCUCCGAGCUGUGUCAAAUUGAUUCAUGGACUCUGCAAAAGAGAACAACUUGAUGCAGCAAUAGAUGUGUUCUCAUACACUCUAGAUAACAACUUCAAGCUGAUGCCUAGAGUUUGCAACUACCUCCUAAGCUCCCUCUUGCAAUCGAGAGACAAAAUGGAGAUUGUUUCUCAACUUACACACAGAAUGGAACUUGCAGGGUAUGACGUCGACUCAAUGCUUCGAUUUAAACUUUUGAGACAUCAUAGACGUAGAAAGGUCAGGUCGAUAGAUCCUUAA